AUGUACUCUCCAGUCCUUGAGACCAGUCGCAUCUUCUCUGAGCUGUGCGAGCAGUCGGAACGUUUCGACUUACCACCCGAGGUGCUUGCAAACAAAGACCUCGUCUCAUUCUCUACCAGUCACAAUGAAAUCUACUUCCCCAUUCCUUUUAAAGAGACCGAGACUCUCGCUGCCCUGAAGGGUGUCGAAGGUUCUGUAGCCGCUGCCAUUGCUGACCUGCGCUUUGGUGCUGGCGCGGAACCUCGGGGCAUUCAAGUCAGUCUCGAAGCUGCCACUGCCUUCGGAUGUCAAGCGUACAUGGCAAAAGUAGAUGGUCUGUCAAAGUUGGACCCGGCUGUGAAAUCCAAGUUGAAGAAUACGGAUUUGCUAGCUGCCCAAUCCAUCGGCUACCGACGUAUGUCGGCAAAUCUUUACAAGACUAAGAACCCAGGCGAAUACUUCCAUAUUCAUGGCUCGCUGGAGGCUACGACGACCUUAAACAUGAUUGGGCUGGAGGGCCAACGACCAGACCUGACUGACUAUGAAGAAAUCAUCAAGGUCAUUGAGAAUAAGGUACAACAAUACACAGUUGCAGAGCUUGAAGAGAUGAACAAGGAGAGACGCCAGGCUGGUGUGACUGCCUACAAGCAUGAAGACUUCAUCAAGACCCCCCAUGGAAAACUCAACAUCGAAGAACCUGCAUGGAAAGUCAGCAAAUUACCCGGUGACCUUCCUCCAACCCCCUUCCCAGCUAGACGCAACGGCAGCAACAAGAUCCUCGAGGGCGUCAAGGUACUGGAGAUGUGCCGUAUCAUCGCAGGCCCAACUGUUACCCGUAUUCUAGCCGAGUAUGGUGCCGAUGUGUUGAAGAUAACCAGCCCAAACCUUUCCGACGUGCCGUUCUUCCAAGUCGAUGGUAACAUGGGAAAGCUUGCAGCAGAUCUUGAUUUGAAGACCGAGGCUGGACGAAGGGAGUUUGAGAAACUCCUAGAUGAUGUGGAUGUUAUCGUGGAUGGCUACCGCCCUGGGGCACUUGACAAGCUUGGCUACGGAGCAGAGGCCAUGGCUGUUUUGGCCAAGAAGCGUGGCAAAGGCAUCGUUUACGUGAAUGAGAACUGUUUCGGAUACGAAGGCGAAUGGGCUGGCCGCGCUGGAUGGCAGCAGAUCGCAGACUGCGUUACUGGAAUCGCCUGGGCCCAAGGCCAGUUUAUGGGCCUCUCAAGCCCCGUUGUACCCCCCUUCCCCAUCUCCGACUACGGCACAGGCUGCAUGGGCGCCAUCGCUGCGCUGACUGGUCUCUAUCAUCGCGCAAAAACCGGUGGCUCGUACCACGGCAAAGCCUCACUGAUGCACUACGACCUUCUCCUUUUUGCAAUGGGCCAAUACCCCGCUGAUGUGCAGGAGGAGCUUCGCAAGGUGCAACCACCCGAGUUCUUUAAGUUGCGUCACUGUGACAGCGUUGACCGCAUCUCGUCGACUGUGCUGAAAGGCAUGCAGGCGCGGUUCCCGCACUUGUACAAGCCUGCCGGUUCUGAGUCGGAAGGCCGCAAGCCACUCACAGAGCUCUGGUCAUCGCGCGCAUAUGGUGCGGAUAUCGAGAUUGUGAAGCCAGUUGCAGUUAUUGGCGGAGUGGAUAAUCAGUUCGUGCGGUCUAGUCGUCCGAACGGAUUUGAUCGGGCUUCGUGGGAUGAGUUUAGCGUCGAGGAGACAGAUGCGAAGAAGUGUUAG